UGAAUGAAAGGAGGCCAAUAAUACCCAAAAAAAAAGGGAGUUCCAUGAAUUUUGCCAUUACCUAUGUAUUGGAUCUACCACUUGUGAUCUACAAUACAACCAUCCAACGGUUCAAAUUCAUAACUUCUAAAUAUAGCAGGACGAGUCCAAUUUGUAUUCAGAGUACGGAAUUGGGAGCGAGCCACUCAAUCGGAAUCCGACCGCGUAAACGUCCAAGUUCCACGUCGGAGCGUCGGCGGUCACACUACUUUUUUCAGUUUCAACCGUCGGGCCGGAGAUAACGCACUCGGCAGCUAGGUUUGACUCUUGGAAAAGAUGAACUUCGAUUUGACUUACUUUGUUCGGUUGCUGUUCUCUUCUCGCCACACAAGCAGAGAAAAGGGGAGCGACGAAUCGGAAAUGUUCCUCUUCAGUUACAGAGAAAUGGAAUCACGAUGUCGUGGCAGCCAAACAGGGCGCUUGAAAAGUUUGACUUGGAACCUCCCGAUAUUUUAUAUAAUAGAGAAGUUGGCCUAUAAAACUCAGUUGAAGAGUUUCCACCGUUGCUUGUACCAUUUGUUGUCCAAAUCUUCUAUAAGGUGAACAAGUUACUAAUGGAUUCUAGGCAUCAUUCCAAUGGGGGAGAACUUGAAACAAAAGAGAUGGACAUUAGAAGUCUUUCAUCCUCACGCAACAAUACUCAAUACAUUCACAAGGUGGGGGUUCCACCGAAGCAAAAUUUCUUCAAAGAAUUUAAAGCCAGGGUGAAAGAGACUUUCUUUGCUGAUGAUCCUCUGCGAACGUUCAAGGAUCAAUCCAAGUCCCGAAAGUUUAUCCUGGGAAUUCAGGCUAUUUUCCCAAUAUUUGAAUGGGGGAGGAAUUACAAUCUGACAAAAUUUAGAGGUGAUCUGCUCGCUGGGCUCACUAUUGCAAGUCUGUGUAUUCCACAGGAUAUAGGGUAUGCAAAGCUUGCUAAUUUGGCUCCCCAGUAUGGAUUAUACUCCAGUUUUGUUCCUCCACUGGUUUAUGCUGUGAUGGGUAGCUCAAGAGACAUAGCGAUUGGACCAGUGGCUGUUGUUUCUCUCUUGCUGGGAACACUGCUUCAAAGGGAGAUUGAUCAACAUACACAUCCAGAAGAGUAUGUGCGGCUUGCAUUUACAGCUACCUUUUUUGCUGGGAUCACCCAAGCCACGCUAGGGAUUCUAAGGUUGGGUUUUCUGAUUGACUUUCUAUCUCACGCUGCCAUUGUUGGUUUUAUGGGUGGAGCUGCCAUCACUAUUGCCCUUCAACAGCUUAAAGGUUUUCUUGGCAUUGCAAAAUUUACGAAGAAAACAGAUAUUAUCUCUGUAAUGCGCUCAGUAUUUGAGGCAGCGCAUCAUGGAUGGAACUGGCAGACUAUAGUCAUUGGAGUAUCUUUUCUAAGCUUUCUUCUAUUAGCUAAGUAUAUUGGAAAGAAGAAUAGAAGCCUCUUUUGGGUGCCGGCAAUUGCCCCACUAAUAUCAGUUAUUCUGUCCACCUUUUUUGUUUACAUUACCCAUGCAGACAAGAAAGGUGUUGCAAUUGUGAAACACAUAGAGAAAGGUAUCAAUCCCUCAUCAGUGAAGCAAAUAUACUUCACUGGUGACAACCUCCUUAAAGGAUUCAGGAUUGGCGUUGUGGCUGGUAUGAUAGCCUUAACAGAAGCCAUAGCAAUUGGAAGAACAUUUGCUUCCAUGAAGGAUUACCAGCUUGAUGGUAACAAAGAAAUGGUGGCACUGGGAACAAUGAAUGUUAUUGGUUCAAUGACUUCCUGCUAUGUGGCAACAGGCUCGUUCUCUCGCUCGGCUGUGAAUUACAUGUCUGGCUGCCAAACUGCAGUCUCAAACAUUGUUAUGUCCUGUGUUGUGUUUCUAACUCUAGAGUUCAUCACUCCCCUUUUCAAGUACACUCCAAAUGCUAUUCUCUCUGUCAUCAUUAUCUCUGCUGUGAUCAACUUGAUCGACUUUCAGGCAGCAAUUUUGCUUUGGAAGAUUGAUAAAUUUGAUUUUGUUGCUUGUUUGGGAGCCUUCUUCGGUGUUAUUUUUGUAAAUGUUGAGAUAGGCCUCCUAAUUGCUGUCUCUAUAUCAUUUGCUAAGAUACUCUUACAAGUAACUAGGCCACGGGUUGCGGUACUAGGGAAGAUCCCUAGGACCACAGUGUACAGAAACACCCAACAAUAUCCAGAAGCAACAAGGGUUCCUGGCAUUCUAAUUGUCAGAGUCGAUUCGGCUAUUUACUUUUCUAACUCCAAUUAUAUCAAAGAUAGGAUAUUGAGAUGGUUGUCUGAUGAGGAAGAACAAAUAAAGAAGACUUAUUCACCAAGAACUCAGUUUUUGAUUGUUGAGAUGUCUCCCGUUACCGACAUUGACACUAGCGGCAUUCAUGCUUUGGAAGAGCUACAUAGGAGUCUCCAGAAAAGAGAUAUUCAGCUUGUUCUGGCAAAUCCCGGGCCAGUAGUAAUCGACAAACUCUUCAUGUCCGAUCUUGCAAAUGUAAUUGGUGAGGACCAUAUCUUUCUGACGGUUGCCGAGGCUGUUGCGUCCUGCUCCCCAAAAUUGGCGGAAGAGGCCUAGAUUAAGAUUUGAAUGGCCAGUUCUUGCAUUAGAGUUGUCAUGAAAUAUAUGUAGAAGGAGAAUGGAGGAAGAACUUGCUCAGCUGCAAGCAGCAGCGGUUUUGUAGAUGCCUGAAGAUCUCAGUAGAUAGACAGUAAGCUGCAAGGAAGAGGCAGAAUAAAUGAAAAAAAAAAGUGCACAACUUCAUAAAGAUAAGUAAAAAGGUGAUUUUUUUUUUUUGUACUACAGAAAUGUCUCUAUAUACCUUCGUUAUGUAUAUAUCGACAUUUGAUGAAGCUAUAAAUUUCGUAGCUUAUCUUUGGUCACUCUAAUACCCAGUCAUGAAGCAGUUUUAUUAAAUCGAAAUGGUAGUGGAAGACUGCACAUUGUACUAAUAGAAAUUGCCAUUAUACUUUAAUAUAUCAUACUUGUUGAAAA